AUGGACGUGGAUGCGGUUGAGAAGCGCCAUCGAACGCGUUCCAAAGGGGUCCGAGUUCCAGUGGAGACGGCAGCACAGGAGUUAUUCAGCUGUCCUACUCCAGGCUGUGAUGGAAGCGGACACGUCAGCGGCAAAUACGCCAGACACCGAAGUGUCUAUGGCUGCCCCCUGGCCAAAAAGAGGAAGACCCAGGAGAAACAGCCUCUGGAGCCUGCCCCCAAGAGGAGGCCCUUCUUAACCCCUCCCGACCCAGAGGAGGACACUGAGGAAGGUGAGGGAGAGGAAGAGGGAGAAGAGAUGGAGGAGGAGGAAGGAUUUUCGGAGGAUAACGAGGAGCAAGGCGAUGAGGAAGGGGAAGAGGAGGAAGAGGAGGAAGAGGAAGAUGAGGAAGCAGAGGAUGGGGAUGAUGAAGAGCAAGAAGAAGAGGAGGAGCAAGAGGAGGAGGAUGAUGAGGGCGACGAAGAUGAACAUGAGGAAGAAGAGGAGGAAGAAGUGCACCAUGAGCCAGGUGAGCAUCACUCGAUGGGACAGAAGGACAACAACAACAACAACAACGGCGGCCCCGGUCCAAACAUCGGCCCUAACGGGGAAGAGUAUGAAAACUACGAUGAGCUGGUGGCCAAGUCCCUUCUCAACCUGGGGAAGAUCGCAGAGGACGCUGCCUACCAGGCCAUGACCGAGUCAGAGAUGAACAGCAACUCCUCCAACAGCGCCGGCGAGGACGAUGAUGACGAUGAGGAAGAGGGUAGCGAGCGCGGCGAGAGCAGGAAGGGCAAGCUGAGCGUGGACCUGGACAGUGACAUGGUCAGGGAGACAGUGGAUUCGCUCAAGCUGUUGGCGCAGGGCCACGGUGCCAUGCUGCCUGAAGACGGCUGCCUAGAAGGGGUGGAUGACGGCGAGCAUCCCAACGGGCGGCCCCACCAUCAUGGGGUCAGGGGUCAGGCUGAGGAGAGCGAAGAGGAGGUGUGUCUCAACAGCCUGGAGUGUCUGAGGAACCAGUGCUUUGACCUGGCCCGCAAGCUAAACGAGACGUCUCCAUCUGACCGCCCUGGACACCCAGGCCUGCACCACUACCAGGCGCAUCAGAACCACCACCCUCACCACUGCCAGCAGGGCCAGCAGCCAGACGAGCGUGGGUUGCUGGAGCGCAACUACUCAGACAUGGUCAACCUGAUGAAGCUGGAGGAGCAGCUGAGCCCAGCCUCAAGGACGGGCUACUCGGCCAGCUGCCACCAGGACGGGGAUGAGGACACCACAUCGGUGGCCUCGGAUCGCUCGGAAGAGGCCUUCGACAUGACCAAAGGCAACCUGUCCCUGCUGGAGAAGGCCAUUGCUAUGGAGUCGGAGCGAGCCAAGGUCAUGAGGGACCGCAUGGCCUUGGAGGGACAUCAUGCGGCGCUCCGGAGGGACAAUCAUCAUCACCACCAUCGCGGCGAGCACAGCCCCCGACAGAGCAGCGGGGCUGAGGAGCGCAAGUCCAGAAUGCACCACGACGGGUCAAAGAGAGCAUACUACCCUAAAGAUUCCUCAAGGGGAGACAAGAAGGAGAGUAAGUGUCCAACCCCGGGCUGCGAUGGGACAGGCCACGUCACGGGUCUCUACCCCCACCACAGGAGCCUGUCAGGCUGCCCCCACAAGGACAGGGUGCCACCAGAAAUUCUUGCAAUGUAUGAAAAUGUUCUAAAGUGCCCUACUCCUGGCUGCUCGGGGCGUGGCCAUGUCAAUAGCAACAGGAACUCCCACCGCAGUCUCUCGGGGUGCCCCAUCGCCGCUGCAGAGAAGAUGGUUAAAGUCCAGGAGAAGCACAUCCCAUGUGACGGGGGCCCCAAGUCCAGCCAGGCUUCAGAUCGUGUGCUGAGGCCAAUGUGCUUUGUGAAACAGCUGGAGAUCCCACAGUACGGUUACAAAAAUAACGUGUCCACCAGCACGCCGCGCUCCAACCUGGCCAAGGAGCUGGAGAAGUACUCCAAGACCAGCUUCGACUACGGCCAAGGCUACGACAGCCAGCACCACGUCUACAGCAGGGGGAAGACAGGCCUGGCCCCCAAGGCCCACGGACGGGACACGGACACCUCACCCAAGGGAUAUGAUGCCAAGCACUACUGUAAGAGCCCAGCCAGCAGCACGACUAGCAGCUACGCUCCCAGCAGCACGACGAGCAGAUACGCUCCCAGCAGCACGACGAGCAGAUACGCUCCCAGCAGCAGCAGUCUGAGCUGCGGAGGGGGAGGAGGAGGGGGCGGCAGCAGUGCCAGCAGCACCUGCAGUAAGAGCAGCUUCGACUACACACAGGACACAGAGGCUGCUCACAUGGCCGCCACGGCCAUCCUCAACCUGUCCACGCGCUGCAGGGAGAUGCCCCACGGCCUGGGAGGCAAGCCCCAGGACCUCCUCUCCCAGAGUCCUGAUGGUGACAUGGAUGACAGCAGUACUCUUGACCUGAGUGUGAGCCGGGGGCAGCCGGGGGGUCCGGAGGGGAGUGGCACGGUGCUAACCCCCCUGCAGCCCAUGUCCACCCAGCGCCAGGCCCUGCUCAACAGCAGCCGCUGCUACCAGAUGAGUGAGGCCGACUGCUGGGACCUGCCCGUGGACUACACCAAGAUCAAGCGCAUCACCGACGACGAUCACAAAGAGGUAUGGGGAAGGACCGAGGAGGACCUGGACCCGUUCCAGGACCUUCUAGAUGAAAAUCACUACGGAGGGGACGUGACCAUGCCCAGCCCAAAACACAAGUACGCCCCCUGCAAGGAGGGCAAGGAGGAGCUCAUCACUCUCUCCAGCUACCAGCUAGCUGACAAAAGCAUCUGCAGUAUGAUGAUGACCAAUGCGCAAGACCUCAAGUGUCCCACUCCAGGAUGUGACGGGUCUGGACACAUCACUGGGAACUACGCCUCGCACAGGAGUCUGUCAGGCUGUCCACGGGCCAAGAAGAGCGGGAUCAAGAUACUGCACAGCAAGGAGGACAAGGACGACCAGGAGCCAAUCAGGUGUCCCGUCCCAGGCUGUGACGGACAGGGUCAUGUGACGGGGAAGUACGCGUCCCACCGCAGCGCGUCAGGCUGCCCCCUGGCGGCCAAACGGCAGAAGGACGGCUACGUUAACGGCUCCCAGUUUGCCUGGAAGUCCGGGAAGACAGAUGGCAUGUCGUGCCCAACCCCGGGCUGCGAUGGAUCGGGACAUGUCAGUGGGAGUUUCCUGACACAUCGGAGUCUCUCCGGCUGUCCCCGUGCCACCUCUGCCAUGAAGAAAGCCAGAAUGACUGGAGUUGAAAUGUUGACAAUCAAGCAACGGGCAAGCAAAGGAAUAGAAAAAGAUGAGGAAAUCAAACAGCUGGAUGAAGAAAUCAAAGAUCUAAACGAAUCGAACAAUCAAGUGGAAUCAGACAUGAUUAAACUUAGGACACAAAUCACCACUAUGGAGACUAACCUGAAGUCCAUAGAGGACGAGAACAAAGUGAUUGAGCAGCAGAAUGACUCCUUACUGCAUGAGCUAGCCAACCUCAGCCACUCUCUCAUCAACAGCUUAGCUAAUAUCCAGCUCCCACAUAUGGAGCCAAUGAAUGAACAAAACUUUGACACUUAUGUGAGUACUUUGACAGACAUGUACACCCAUCAGGACCAAUACCAGAGUCCAGAGAACAAGGAACUAUUGGAGAACAUCAAACAAGCAGUGCAAGGCAUCCAAGUGUAG